AUGUUCCAGGGCCCUGCUCCAGCCCGCACUGUGUCCAGAUCACGUGAAAGAGAUCAAGAGUACACCCGAGUGAAUGGUGACGACGAGGCUGUAGAUGCGGAUGACUGCACGAAUGGAGAUUGCGGUAUGACGAGCGUCCAGCGUGAAAAGUGGAAAUAUGUCGGUACGGGAAAGGGAACUUACAAGAGGAACAGCCAAAUGCUUUUCGUUGGAGAUGGCCACGGCAACUAUGAGAAGGAGCAGGUGACGAGUCACGCGGGAUCUUGCUGGACAGUUCUUGGCAUGACUCUGCUCCUACUCGCAAUAGUCGCGAUUGCGAUGGGCUACUUGAUCGGAGCAUUCUUCAUCCGCAGGACCCCCUUUCACGCCGACGUGAUGUACAGUUGCCGUGGCGACAUGUCGCAGUGGCUGGUAGAAGAGCGUGACUGGUGCUGCUCGGACAAAGGGAUCGGCUGCUGGGCGACCACACCUCCUCCCACCUUCGAUUGCAAAAUCGACCAAGACCGAUGGGAUGUUUCAUGGUCCGUGCCAAAGAAGCACUUCUGCUGUAGCUUUGUGGACAUCGGCUGUCAGAAGUUCGACUGCCAGCUGCAGCUUCAAACGUGGAGGAGUUCUUGGCCAUUGGAGAAGAGGCAGUUCUGCUGCCACGAAGAAAAGCUUGGAUGCGACACCUGCGACGCCUCUUGCGGUGCAAGCGGCCGGACUGCUUCGUGCGAAGACCGCGCGGCUGACCUGUAUGCAAACGCAGAGGUCGGAAACUGCAGUCGUGCCCAUGAAGAAGUUCUGCAAGUUUGUCCAGCGUGCUCAAAGUGCCGCAUCCAAGAUCUGAGCUGCUAUCUCCAUGACCACCAUGGCCACCAUGGCCACCAUAGCCAUGAUGGCCAUCAUGGACACCAUGGCCACUACGGUCACCAUGUGGUCAAACCAGAGCCGGCAAGAAAGACCCCUGAGAAAAGGCAGUUCCAGCAUCUCAGGAAGGCGCAUGUCGUCAAACCCGAAGUGAAGACAGUGCAGACAGUGGUUACGGCUGAAACCGUGUGCUCCAAGCCCGCUGAAGUUGGCUUCAUGUGGGCUCAUCACAAUGGAGUGUGGCGGCGCAGCAAGGUUCCUUCUUCGUCCGGGCCACCUGAGAUUGCCGCUGGCCCUGGCUUCAUGUGGCACCAAUCGGGCAAUGGCUGGCAGCAGGUAUGUGUUCCGCAUGCGGGCGCUUCGUCACCACCGACAAGUCCGGCUGGCACUGGCUUCAUGUGGCAGCAGAUCUCGGGUCCAGAUGGCAAGAUGUGGACACAAGUUCCGCUGAGAGUCAAAGAUUUGCAAGGCAUUUCAUUCCCGGAGCAUGCAGCUGGUGUAGGCUACAUGUACCACCUGUCCUCUGAUGGCUGGUUGCAGGUGCCGGCACCGGAAAGCCUGAGUCGUCCGCAGCGUCCGUGCGAGCGUCGUGCUGGCCUGGGAAUGCGAUGGGUGUACACCGCCAGCGACCACGGGAGCGCAUGGCAGCAGCAGCCGGUACCCAAGUGGCGUCCUGGCAGCUUCAAUCCGCAACCCUCCGUGCCUGCCGGGCCAGGCUUCAUGUGGAGCUAUGAGCCUGAAGAUCAUGGGUGGACGCAGAUUUGCAUUCCAGGAUGGCAGCAGAGCAUGGGCGAGCCUCCCAGUUUGCGGGCUGGAUUGGGCUUCAUGUGGGGCAAGGGUCCCGAUGGUUCCUGGAAGCAGGCGACCGUUCCUCGUAGCUUUCGGGCUAGCUGCGCGAAGAAGCCGCCCAUGGCCGGCUUUGUCCCAGCAGGCAAAGGCUUCAUGUGGAAGUGCGUGAUGGAGCACCAGUUGGCUGUGUGGACACAGGUUCACCGGGACUGGACAGGCGAUAGAGCAGACGCUCCUCCCCACGAGCCUCCUGGGAAUGGCCUUAUGUGGAUCUUUCGGGAUGGAGGCUGGCAGCAGCGGCCCAUCCCCGGCUGGACGUCCCGUGACGCGCCCAGCCUUCCUGCUGGCGACGGGCUAAUGUGGAAUCGAGUGUCGUUGGAUGGACAGCAGGUGUGGCGCCAGGAUAUCAUACCUGAUUGGGAUGUGGACACAGCUGCGCACCCCCCAUCGGAGCCAGCUGGUGAAGGUUUCCUGUGGCAGUAUGUUGACAAGGGUGGGCAGAAGGAAUGGACCCAGGAAGAGAUCAGAGACUGGUAUGCCGACAGCGCGAACCACCCACCCAGAGAGUAUGCAGGCACUGGAGAGAUGUGGAAGUUUGUUUCGCACCAGGGUGCCCCAGGACUUUGGGAGCAGGUUUCCAUACCGGACUUCCGCACACUUGAUCAGUUCAAUCCACCCACUCCUCCUGCUGGAAAUGGCUUCAUGUGGCACUUCGAUGAGCAGACAGGGCGAUGGAAUCAGCUGAGAAUAGCUGGGUGGAUCAACGCGACUGAAGCUCAUCCGCCGCAGGUCCCGGCCGGCGUAGGCUACAUGUGGAAGUGGCAGAAGGAAAACGGCGAGAAGCACUGGCGCCAAGUCAAGCUGACCCUGUCGGACUUGACCAAUCCGCAUCGGCUUCCCAGCGAGCCAGCAGGCGAGGGAUUCAAGUGGGUGUACCAGGAGUCGGGCCAGCCACACUGGGAACAAAGACUCAUUGCGCAGCCAGGCAAUGACCUGCUACUGCGCAUGCUGGAUAAGGAUGAUGCAUCGCGUCCAGAUGCGACUCAGUGCCUGGAGCAUCCGUGGUUUUCCGCAUAUAGCGAGGUUCCGCCAACUCUUUCCGUAGGCGUUCUUCAAUGCGUUGAGUCCUAUGCCAGGAUGCCAGAGCUUCGCAAGGGAAUUUUCUUACUUUUGGCGCAUCAAUACGAAGUGCAGAAAGCCGCCCUUGUGGAGCUCCGGUCGCUUUUCACUCACUUUGAUGUGCGGAACCAGGGCAGUUUGAGUGCGCAGGAUCUCAAGGCUGUGCUCGUUAAGAGUGGCAUGGGAGCUGUGGCCGCCGAGCGUGUCUGCCAUGCCCUAGACCAUCGAAGAGAUGGGCAGAUCACCUGGACUGAGUUCACCGCGGCUGCGAUGUGGUACGUGGUUUGCCGCAAUAACCGCGCUAUCGACGCAGCCUUCGCCACUUUUGAUGCCGACCAGGACGGGCGGAUCACUGCCCAGGACCUGCAGACUGUGCUGGCGGACGAAAAGGGCCGCGAAGCAUGGCAAAAGCACAUGCCCGUGCUUUUUGAAGAGAUGGAGAAGCAGGAAAUCACCUCCAUGCAGAGGACGGCUCGAAACGCAAUUCGCAGUUUCAUGCACGUCUUGAAGAAGGAGGCAAUGAGGUAUGCAAACCUCGACCAGUUCCGCCAGUACUUGCAGCAGAACAUGGAUUUUCGAGCUGGCGAUGCCCUGUACGCAGUGACAUAG